AUGUUUUCGAAUGCUUUGAAAGCAUUGUCCGGCGGAAACAUCCAUAAGAGCUACUCCGUAGACUCAACUCCCGCCUUCGUCUCUGGCCCAUGGAAAGUCUAUGAUGCGACCAAGAGGUCCAACAAACAAGCAGUAUCUGUUUUUGUGUUUGAGAAGAAGAACUUGGAAGCACCGCUCCAGAAGCCUUCACCCCUCGUGCAAGCCAGGUAUGCGCAGAUCUACGAACAGUUGAAGCGGGAAGCGAGUAGCUUGUCAAGAUUGAGACAUCCGAGUAUCCUGGAGGUAGCGGAACCAGUGGAAGAGACUGCGAAGACUCUGGUCUUUGCCACGGAGCGAGUCACCGCAAGCUUGGCGACCUUAACUGGCAAGAAGGACGAGGAUUCCUUUGGCAGAAAGGGGACGAGAACUUCAAGACCACAGGAGACUGAAGUCGACGAAUUGGAAAUUCAGAAGGGUUUGCUGCAGGUUGCAAAGGGAUUGAGCUUCUUGCACGAACAAGCUGGCAUCCUCCACUCAAACCUCAUCCCUGAAGCCAUCUACGUAAAUGCUAAGGGCGACUGGAAGAUUUCUGGACUGGGCUUCUCCAUCUCAUUCCGUGAUGCAAAACCGCAGUAUGAUUACCCGGAAUAUGACCCACGACUACCAAAAAACGUUCAACGCGAUAUUGAUUUCGCUGCACCAGAGUUCGUCAUCGAGGAGCAAGUCGAUCCACUGAGUGAUAUGUUCAGUUUGGGUUGCUUGAUCGUUGCAAUGCACAAUCGAGGGGCAAGUCCUGUACGGGCGGAUCAUAACACGCAUGCUUACAGGAAGAUCGUUGAGAGGCUGGACAGACUUGAAUGGGGCCAAGUGCCGUCGUACAUUACGUAUGUUCUGCCCCAACUUCUCACGCGAAGACCGGUCAACCGUCUCUCUGCGUCUGCAUUCCAGUCGUCGAAGUUUUUCGACAACAUUCUCAUGAAUACAAUCCGCUUCCUAGAAGCAUUUCCGGAGAAGUCCGACCACGAGAAAGCAUCUUUCAUGCGUGGCCUGCUCCGUGUCCUGCCUCAAUUCCCGGAUCGCGUGCUGCAACGAAAGGUCCUCCCAUCCCUGCUUGAAGAAACUAAAGAUCAUCCGCUUCUUCACCUUACGAUACCCAACAUAUACCUCAUCAUUACCAAAACUCCGCAGAGUGACUUCUCUGCCAAGGUCUUGCCUAAGCUCAAGACAAUCUUUUUGGUGAAAGACCAACCCCAAGCAACGGUGGCUAUGUUAGAAGGCCUGCACGUAGUCAAGGAAAAGGCAACGGCGAAAGAGUUCAAAGAAGAUGUCAUGCCUUUGAUCUACGCAGCAUUAGAGAGUGGCGUGCAUUACGUCCAGGACAAGGCCCUCAACGUUAUCGGAGAGAUUGCCGCUGAUCUGGAUUUUACCACGAUCAAGUCGAGAUUGUUUCCUAAGGUUGCUGAUGUCUUCACAAAGACGUCAAUGCUUUCAGUGCAGGUCACGGCGCUUGAGACGUUCCUCAUCAUUGUCAAGCACGUCGACAAGUACCUCGUUACGGAGAAGAUCUUGCCACUGUUGCAGACCGUCAAGACUAAAGAACCUGCCGUUUUGAUCGCUGCACUCGCAGUUUACGAGGAGUCUGGUAAGAUGCUCGACCUUGAAGUUAUUGCGGCACAAGUUCUUCCGCGUCUUUGGGAGCUUUCUCUCACGCCUCUUUUGAACCUUCAGCAGUUCAAGACAUUCAUGAAGGUCAUCAAAGAUCUCAGCAGCCGUAUCGAGGAGGAGCAUGGCAGGAAGUUGGCCGAUUUGGGCAGUGUGAGCGAGCCAAUCAACUCAAGUACAGCUGUGAAGGGGCCAGCUGGAGGGGCGGCCGAUGAGGGACCCAUUGACUUCGAGACCCUCGUACUCGGUGGAAAUGGUGUUAGUCAACCAAAACUGCUUACGAAUUCUAUGGGGAAUGGUAGCAUGGGUUUCGGUGCUCCUAUGGAACCAGUGCCUUCAAAUCCAUUCCCGUCUAGCCAACCGCCGGCAAUACGAGCGGCUCCUCCGAAGAGCACGUCACCAGCGCCAACCUUCUCUUGGUCCACACCAGUUUCACCUCAGGCCCGUCCGCCCCCGGCACCAGCUCCCCAACAACCUCCUACGGGUUUGUCAUCCUUCCCCGUUAUGCAAUCAACCCCGCAAGCGUCAUAUCAGCAGCCACCGACAAAUUACUUCCAAUCCCAACCUGUUCAACCUGUGCAACCACCCCAACCGCGUCAACCGAGUAAUACGGCUGGCAGCGCUAUUGACUGGUCAGCUGCCAUGCGGAAACCAGCCCAACCUAUACCACCUCCUCCGCAGAACAAAACUUUCGGAUGGUCAACGCAAAACAACAAUGCCGUUGCGAACUCGUCCAUGUCCUCCUUUCCCUCCAUCAUGCCACCACCAAGGAAUGGUCCAUCUACACCAUCGAUACCUCCACCGCCCAAGCCAAGCAAUGGUAUGGGCUCCCUGGACGCCUACAAACCUCUUCUAUAG